GCAUGCCUCUCUGUGCUCCUGUCCCCCUCCAUCUGCAGUAGGACACCACUGGAAGAGACUGUAGGAAGCAUCAGUGAAUCAACGGGGCAGAGAUUACCCAACCAACACCCCAACAUCAACCCCCAUCUUCUGCCACAGCCACGAGUUCUGCAUUUAGAGCUCCCCACAAGGCACCACCCCCUCCAUCUCACGAGGUGCCUCAGAGGGCCCUGCCUUGGGCUGCCCCUGUGAGCUCACACCAGGGUGGGCCACAUGUCUCAGGCUCUGCUGGGAGUGCUCCUCAGGACUCCGCUCCAGGGAAGGGGCCCUUGCACCCACACCCACUCAGUGUCUGGGGAGGGUGGGUCUCCCAUUUGAGUACUUUUCCCCCAACCCCUGAUGGCUGAGGGAAGGCUCUGAUGCCCAGAGAGGAGAAGUCACUUCACCUCGAAGUGGUGGUCUCAGGGUGGAGGCUACAACUCAGGCGUGGGGACCCGGAUGCAGCCCUGUCUUUUGUGCACCUUACUGCCUGCAGGCCUCCUCAUGCAGGCUGCUGGGGUUGGGGGGUUCCGUUUCCAGGGAGCCGCGGGGCCCCGCCCUGGCCCCCACCCCUGAGGCGGGCUCUCCUGGGCGGCGCGGGGCGGGCCCUGCAGGCACCGGGCUGGGCCUACAACCGGGGCGGGUGGAGCUGGCAGGUGGAGCGGGCGCAGCGGGCAAGCCCCCUGCUGGCGCACGCCGGUCGGAGGGCCCCGCGCGGCCGUUGAGGGCCAUGGAACUGUGGCCGGGGGGCUGUGCAGCGGCGGUGGCUGUGGCUCUCCUCCUCAUGCUGCUGGGUGCCCAGGGCCAGGGCAACACUCCCAGCCCCAGGUGUGACUGUGCCCACAACUUACAGAAGAGGAAUGGUCUGUUCUGUUGCAAGGGCUGUCCAGCAGGGCACUACCUGAAGGCCCCCUGCACAAAGCCUUGUGGCGACGCCACCUGCCUUCCGUGCCCCCGGGGCACCUUCCUGGCCAGAGAGAACCACCAUGAGAUCCGCUGUACCCGCUGCCAGGCCUGUGAUGAGCAGGCCUCCCAGGUGGCCCUGAAGAACUGCUCGGCAGUGGCGGACACCCUCUGUGGUUGCGAGCCAGGCUGGUUCGUGGAGUGCUUGGUCAGGCACUGCCCUGACGGCUCACCCUUCCGCUGCCGUCCAUGCCCAGACUGCGGGGCCCUGCACCGCCACACGCGGAUGCCCUGUUCUGGCAGAGACACCGACUGUGGGACCUGCCUGCCUGGCUUCUAUGAAUAUGGCAACAGCUGCGUGUCCUGCCCCACGAGCACCCUCGGGAGCUGUCCUGAGCCCUGUGCGGCUGUCUGUGGCUGGAGGCAGAUGUUCUGGGUCCAGGUGCUCCUGGCAGGCCUGGUGGUCCCACUCCUGCUUGGUGCCACUCUGACCUACACAUACCGCCGCUGCCAGCCUUGCAAGGCCAUGGUUCCCGAGGAAGCUGGGAUGGAGGCCCUGACCCCCCUACAGGCCACCCACUUCUCACCCCCGGACAGCACCCACACCCUUCUGGUGCCACCCAGCAGCAGUGAGAAGGUCUGCACCAGCCAGUUGGUAGGCAGCAGCUGGACCCCUGGCUCCCCUCAGACUCAGAAGGCGCCCUGUCCGGAGGUGACAUGGUCCUGGGACCAGCUGCCCAGCAGAGCUCUUGGCUCUGCGCCGCCGCCCACGCCUUCGCCGGCGCCGCCUGCAGCCUCGGGGGCUGGCACGCUCCAGCCCGGACCGCAGCUCUACGACGUGAUGGAUGCGGUGCCUGCCCGGCGCUGGAAGGAGUUCGUGCGCACGCUGGGGCUGCGCGAGGCGGAGAUCGAAGCCGUGGAGGUGGAGGUCGGCCGUUUCCGCGACCAGCAGUAUGAGAUGCUCAAGCGCUGGCGCCAGCAGCAGCCUGCGGGCUUGGGCGCCGUCUACGCGGCCCUGGAGCGCAUGGGGCUGGACGGCUGCGCUGAGGACCUGCGCAGCCGCCUACAGCGUGGCCCGUAACGCGGGGGCGCGCCCGCCACCUCGGGGCUCUGGUGGCCCUUGCAGAAGCCCUAAGUACGGUUACUUAUGCGUGUAGACAUUUUAUGUCACUUAUUAAGCCCCUGGCGCAGCCCUGCGUAGCAGCGCCGGCUGGCCUCAGCCCUGGCGCCCCCGGGGUUCCGGUUAAGGCGAAGAAGCCUCGACGAGUAUCGGGAGGGGGUCAAGAGAUUGCCUAGCUGUUUCUUGGGCUGAGUUUGGCAGAGGCCUCGGUAUUAAAUCUAUGAAGAAAAGCUGCUGCUUCAUGUUUCC